CCAUCAGUCGUUCUUCGUUUCGAUGGUCAUUAUUUAAAAGUCCGGAUCCUGUCAUUAGCUGGUUUCUGCGACGUCGAAGAGUAUCAAGGAGGAGGAUAAAGCGUGGUAUUUCGGGUGUUGUUGAUGGUGUGCACCGACGCAGAGAAAGCCUGAAGUUUCACCUCCUGAAUGCGAAGCCCUUCGAGAACAUGGACGGAGUAAAUUCUUGCGAUGGCGCCGCACUCUUGUAAGGGCUGUUUGAGGACUCGUAUUGCUAGAAUGGCUGAAAGCAACAAGGAAAUACCGAUGGAAGUAUCCAUGAAUGGGUCCGAUACCAAUGGCUUAAUGGGCGACAACCCUUUUGAAGCAAUGCCUUGGUUCGGGAUGGAUAUAGGCGGAAGCCUCUGCAAACUGGUGUACUUCGAACCAAAAGAUACGACCAAGGAUGAGCUGGAAUCAGAGAUCGAGGUGUUGAAGAACAUAAGGAGAUACCUGACGAAAAAUUCCGCUUACGGGAAAACUGGGCACAGAGACACGCACCUGCAGAUGGAUAACGUGGUCAUUAGGGGCAGGAAAGGUACGCUGCAUUUUAUCAGAUUCCCGACGAGCGAGAUGGGAAAUUUCUUGGCUCUGGCUCGUAUGAAGGGCAUGGCUAACUUGGUUACUACUGUAUGUGCCACAGGUGGAGGAGCUUACAAGUUCGAGGAGAACUUCAUCAGGGAAGUGAAUAUGAAAUUAGCCAAAUUCGACGAGUUUGACUCGUUGAUCAAGGGCAUGCACUACAUCGAGGCGCAGAACUCCGAUGAGUGCUACUAUUGGGCGAACCCCACGGACGAGACGAGGUGCGCUAAAGUCAAUUACGAUUUCUCAAAUCCGUAUCCGUUUCUAAUUGUAAAUAUUGGCUCAGGUGUUAGCGUGCUCUCAGUAAAUGGACCCAACAAUUACAAGAGAGUUUCAGGCACAAGUAUAGGCGGCGGAACUUUCCUAGGUCUGUGCUGCCUACUCACAGGGUGUAAUUCCUUCGAGGAGGCUAUUGAAUUGGCCACUGGAGGAGACCACACGCACGUUGAUAAACUAGUUAGAGAUAUCUAUGGAGGCGACUAUGAAAGAUUUGGAUUGCCCGGAGAUCUGGUGGCAAGCAGUUUCUCGGCUUGCUGUAGUUUCGGCCAGAUGAAUUCGCGCGACAGACGGAGCAAAGUCAGCAGGGAGGAUCUCGCCAAAGCCACUCUAGUAACCAUCACCAACAACAUCGGUUCCAUUGCCAGGAUGUGCGCACAACAAGAGAAAAUCGACAGGGUAUUAUUUAUCGGUAAUUUCUUGAGGGUGAAUCCGAUUGCAAUGAAGCUGCUUGCCUACGCCAUGGACUACUGGUCGAAGGGCACGAUGAAGGCCCUUUUCCUUGAGCACGAAGGCUACUUCGGAGCCGUCGGAUGCCUCCUGCAGUUCAACGAGACGACGCCCAGUUGAAGGCCCGAAUUGGCUUAAAAUAUCCUCUCCUAAUUAUAAAUAUAUAGCGUAGACAAGAUGUUGAAAAUUAAUGAAGUAUGCCUUAUAUAAAUUACACACAUACACUGACACAAACACUCACAUACACAUUUACACUCAUAAGUACACGUAAGACACAUUCCACGCGGGAGGAUGGUUUGGAUCGUUGUUAUGGUUCGUCUCUAGUAUGCAUAUUUGAAUGUCUCUUAUUUAUCGUUUAGGUGAAUAACUUUUAAAUUAGAUAAGGGUAUGAUAAUGUACGGUGAAGAUCCGAGGCAUUUAAUUCCAUAUAGAUAGAAUACAUAUGUAUGAUAUUUUUUUUUGUAAAUCUUUCGGAGCCUCCGCUGUUCGGAGAUUUCUUUUUCUCCACACAGGUCUAUUUAUUUUGUAAUUUAGUUAUUUAUUUAUGUUUGUUUAUUUUUUUUUUCUUCUACAUAGAUAAUCUCAUCCUCUUUAUUGAACAAUAUUAUUUACUUAGAUUUAAUAAGUGCUCACGUUCGGGCCUCAGUUUCGUAUAUCGCGUAAUCUUCCUAUCGUGUUAAAUAACACAUAUUAAUUCUGGAAGGAAAUUUGCCAAAAAAAAAAGAGGAAAAGAAAUAAGUCUGGUUUUAUCGUUAGUUAUUCCAGUGAAUUUCGCGAGACAAAGCCCGAAGUGUAUAUACAUAUAUAUUUAAAUAUUUAUAAGUACAAAUUACAAGAGAGGAAGAAAAUAUUAUUAUUAGGGA